AUGAAGUUCUUCACCGGCCUCUCCUUUGUUGCGUCCGCUCUUGCGGUCCCGAUGGAGGUCACCAGGCGUGACAGCCCCUUGAAGGUUGAGAUCCAGAGUGUUGGCAAUUCUGCAGUCAAGGCCGUUGUCACCAACACUGGUUCUGAGCCCAUCAAGCUGAUGAAGACUGGUUCCAUUCUGGACCAGACUGCCGUUGAGAAGGCCGAGAUUUUCUCUGGUGCUGACCAGGUUGCCUUUGAUGGCGUUCGUCUCCAGCUCCAGACCAGCAACGUGGCUGAGGAUGCUUUCCAGACACUGGCCGCCGGUGAGAGUGUCGAGGCCGAGUUCGACCCUGCCGAGGUUCAUGAUCUCAGCACCGGUGGUGACUUUGACUUCCUUGUCCGCGGAACAUUCCUGACUGCGUCCGCGGACAGCACCAGCAUUGAUGGCGCGGUGCCCUUCGACAGCAACGUUCUGGCAAACCACGUCGAUGGAGUUGCCGCGGCCAAGGUCCGCCGUGACUUUCACGAGAACCUGAAGCGGACACAGGUUCAGUCCGACUGCACAGGAACACGUGGGACCGCGCAGCGCACUGCCUUGAGCAAUUGCGCUUCGCUGGCUCAGAAGGCCGCCGCCGCCGCCACCAACGGCUCUGCGGACAAGCUGACCGAGUACUUCAAAUCAUCGACGUCGGCCACCCGCAGCACUGUCGCCGGUGUCUUCAACAAGGUCGCGACCGAGUGCGGUAGCACCACGUCGGGUGUCAGCACCCAGUACUGCACAGACACGCUCGGUUACUGCUCGAGCAACGUCCUCGCCUACACAAUCCCCUCCCGUAGCCUCAUGGUCUCUUGCGACUUGUACUUCAGCGCCCUGACUGCGCUGAGCACCCAGUGCCACGCCCAGGACCAGGCCACCACCACACUUCACGAGACCACCCACCUGACCCAGAUCAAGGGCACACAGGAUAACGGCUACGGCUACCAAGCCAUCCAGGGGCUGUCGUCCGCUCAGAGCCUGAACAACGCUGACAGCUACGCGCUGUACGCCAAUGCUAUCCAGGUUGGCUGCUAA